AUGGAACAGGCAACAGCCACGUGUCAUAUCGAUGCAACAAACAACACAUAUGUUCAGGUGGAGGACUCGGGUUACAUAGGUUGCAAGAUAGGACUGCCUGGAGUUAACUCGGAGAGUUUCCUUCCAUUCAAUGUCGUCGCUUUACAUACUCACAUCCACCACACAGUUCCGGUAUACAACAUGUGGUGGAGUUCACCAUCGUCAUCUGGAGCAGACUUCAACUCGAUGGUCUUUAGGCCAAAUGAAGAUCUUUCCUUCGUCGAACAGGAACAAGUUUUCUUCGUCUGCCACGUGAACGGCAGCUACCCUCAACCAAGGGUCAGAGUUCACAUCGGUAGCGAGGACAUUUCCCACUACUUCGCCAGCACCGCCAGACUUAUCAGAGUGUCGGGAGUUCGUGGACUUCAGCCAGUUUAUUACUCUGUCGAACUGACCAACCGGUCUCUCAGUAUUGACUACCGAUACAACGACAAAGAGUUGAAGUGCUCGGCCAGCAUGACGCCGGUGGCUGGCGGGACUUGGGACGUCGAAUCAACCAGUAUUGUCGUUAAGAUCACCGAGUAUCGUCCAAAAAUAUUUUGCAACAAAAAACUUGGCAUAAAAAUCGGAGAGAAUUUUACGUUUUCGUGCAUCGUUAAAUCUUCACCGAAGUUGCAUAAUUUAACGUUCUUCAAGCAAGCAUCAGCGCAUCAACAUCGGAAGCAACACCAUCAUCAUAAACAGCAGCAUCUGCAGCAGCAGAUACAGCCACCAAAACAUCAGCAAUCUCUAAUUGCAGCAACGUCAACGACGAAAUCGAUGAUGCCUUUCAUGCCGCUUAUAUCACGACUGCCAAAAACAACGACAGCCACGACGACUAAACAGAUGCCUUUAAAAUUUAACAACUUCAACAACCACAACAACGACGACGACGACGACAACAAAAACAACAAUCGUAAUCAAGACAUCAACGACAGUAAUAGCAAUUCAAAGUACAGUAGCACAAACAAGCGCAACAACAACAGUAAGAACUCUAACAGCAAUGGCAACAAUUCUGAUGCUAACUACGACAACAGUGACAGCAACAACUCAACUGAUCAAUUUCUCGAUGAUUUUCCACCAAAGCUUGUCACCGAAGACAUGGUGAUAAUGACAGAUGAUUUACAUGGCAGAGUAUUGGACCACAACAACAACAUCGUUAAUGUAAUGAUGAUGUAA